GUGCAAUAUGGUGCUGCCUUGUGCCUCUACGGCUUCCGUUAGCUGCGUUGCGUUGUCAACAGGACCAAAACACCAUCAGCGACAGCACACAGGAGCUUUACUCCUGGACUGUCCGCUGGCCAUCAGCCGACACCUCACCUGUCCGCCUGCAUUAACUCUGCCACGUCUUAGCAAACAGCAGGUAAACGGAAUGCACGCGAUGUUUUCAUUUGGAGAUACUACGUCCAUUUAAAAGCGCGAGAGCAGUCGGUGCACCUCACCGGCACUUUAAAACUGACCGAAACUGACGGGGAAUGCGGUGAUGCGCCCAGCCAUGCCCUGCGCUCGUCUUCCUUAUAUUUAUGCUGCGAUAUGUGCUGUUAGUUGAGUAUUGCUUUAUAGAGAAUGGGAUGAUUUAGGCACAAUUGCGUUCAUAUGCAGCUUGUGUUUUUAUUACAGGUAACGUAGGCUAAGAACCUCUUUUUCCCAUUAAAAGGACACCGGACGGCUCUUGUGUCCCCUGUCCCGUUAGAUCACCAUCACAAUUAUUCAGCACACUGUGGUGAUGUGUUAUCUCUCUGUGCUAAUAACGUUCUGACUGUAAUCAUGGAGUCGGUGCGUCUUCACGCUAGUUUAUCAGGCUCUAUAGUUGGCUUUUAUAGACUGGUUUUCUGACUUUGUGCUUUAGUUUGGACAGCAGCAGCUGGUCCACGUUAGCACCUCAUGCUAGUGCAUUAUCCUGACAUAUUCAUCAACUCUAAAUGAGAUAACAAACAAUCCGGCCAUUAGCUAACACUAUGAGCGAUCACUAUGAGAGAGUGAAGAUUGAGCUCCAGCAGAUGAAGGAGGUGGAGAACGAGGCCGCGGCCGACGAGGAGCAGCUGCCCCCGGCCUCGGUCUCUCCAAUCCCCGCUGACGUUUCCUUCACUGCUCGGAGAGACUUGUCCAAAAGUAGCAUUAACGGGAGAAGUCGGAGUAAAAGUAGGAGUAAAGCAGACGGUCGUGAGAGACAGGUGAACGGUAAACAACUGCCGUAUCUGACGCCGCAGAAGUCAGACUAUUCACAAGGACAGAGCCGUGUGAGCGAUGAGCCAAACCUUCACAUUAAAGGAACGGCAAAGCUUUUAAAGGGUAAAACGGCGGCAAACGGUCACGUUGAGUCAUGUCAGAGACAGACAGAUGGGAAAUGUGAGCAUCAUGGCAAAGAGGCCAAAAAGAGAAGAGCUGUGACGGUGGACACCUCCAAGGCAAAGACGUCUCUGGAGGCGCUAAAGAUGAGCAUCAGACAGCUGAAGUGGAAAGAGUUUCCGAUGGGUAGGCGGACAGCCUGUGAUAUCUACUGGCAUGGGGUCUCUUUUCAUGACAAUGAGAACAUCAUCUCUGGGCAAGUCAACAAAUUCCCAGGAAUGAUAGAGAUGCUGCGGAAGAUAAACCUGAGUCGUGCCGUGCGUACCAUGCAGGAGCUGUUCCCGGAGGAGUACAACUUCUACCCACGCUCCUGGAUCCUGCCUGAGGAAUACCAACUCUUCUCCACACAGAUUCGUCUCCUGAAAGAUAAUGAUUCAACCCUCAAACCCACUUUUAUUGUCAAACCGGACAGCGGAUCCCAGGGCGAUGGCAUCUACCUCAUCCGUGACCCUGCUGACCUUCGGGUCAUCUCAGGUUCUCCGAUCAAACAAUCAGUUGUUCAAGAAUACAUCCAGAAACCCCUGCUCAUUGAUAAACUGAAGUUUGAUAUCCGCCUGUAUGUUCUGGUCCGCUCCUUGGAGCCUCUAGAGAUCUACAUCGGUAAAGAGGGUCUGUCAAGGUUCUGCACAGAACCCUACCAAGAACCCAGCCAGAAGAACCUCAGUCAUGUUUUUAUGCACCUCACCAACUACUCCCUUAAUGUGCACAGCGGGAACUUUGUUCACUCCGACAGCUGCAGCACGGGCAGUAAACGCACUUUCUCUAGUGUUCUUUAUCGCCUGGCAUCUAAAGGAGUGGACAUCAAGAAGGUCUGGUCAGACAUUAUCGCUUUGGUUAUCAAGACAGUAAUAGCACUUGAGCCUGAACUGAAGGUGUAUUAUCAGGCAGAUAUACCACCUGGAAAGCCAGGACCGACAUGUUUUCAGAUCCUGGGCUUUGAUAUCCUGCUGAUGAAAAACUUGAAGCCUGUUUUAUUAGAGGUCAAUGCCAAUCCCAGCAUGAGGAUUGAACAUGAGCAGGAGGUGUCACCUGGUGUGUUUGAAUAUGUACCGAGUCCAGUAGAUGAAGAGGUGAAAGUGGGUGUGAUCAGAGACACGCUGCGGCUCAUGGACCCCACUCAGAGGAAACAACACGUAACGUCAAGUACAGGGGGCGGUUCACCAGAAGAAGCUAUCGUAGUGGAGACAGGAAGUGAUGAGAAAGAAGGUUUGGCGGAUUCCCUUCCAUCUUUGUGUUUAAAGCAAGUCUUCCCUAAAUACACCAAGCAGUUUAAUUACUUGCGGGUCGUGGAACGCAUCGCUACCAUUUUCCUGCGCUUCCUUGGUGUCAAAGGAACCAUGAGACUGGGUCCGACCAGCUUCCGCACCUUCAUCAGGAACUGCAAGCUGAGUAACAGCAGCUUCUCGAUGGCUUCGGUGGACAUCCUGUACAUCGACAUCACGCGCCGCUGGGCUGGAAUGCUCCCUGACUCCAGAGAGGCAGGAAUGUGUCUUCAGGCAUUUAUUGAGGCCUUCUUUUACUUGGCAGCACGCAGGUUCAAGGCGUUACUGCUGCGCGAGCAGGUGCUCUUGCUGCUGGAGGUUUGUGAGGGGGCCCUUGAGGGCCAGAGCCACAGCGAGAAGCCACGGCCACACCGAUCGCACACAAACCCCGCCUCCUCUCAAUCAUCAGCGCCAACCACGUUCAGCUCCCCCGCACUGACACGGCGACGCCACCAGCCGAUGCAACUCUCUGCUAAAGCCAACACAGAGAACUGACAAUCUCACACAUUACAUGUCUUCUGAUGAACUUUUAGAGGGCAAAGCAAUGUACUUUUGAAUAAUACAGAAAGAAAGAAGCUAGAAUAAUGAACCAGAUUUUAUAAUAUAUAGAAGAGGAAGUUAAACAUUCACUCCUAGCUCUGUGCAAUAGCUCAAGUUGAAUUGUUUAUACACAGCUCAGAUGAAGAUAUUUCUUUCACCACACUAAACAGACGGAGGAUAUUUGUACACUGACACUCAGGCACUUGUUUCAGUGCUAAAUGUGCAGAUGGCAUGGCUUGUGUCACAGCUCAUACUGUAUGCUUACCUUCAGGGAAUGUGGGUAGGAUUUGUGUGAACCAAUCACUGCAGGGUUAAAUAUCACGGGAUUCAGUGUUUCUUAAAGGGACGAGAUGUUGUCAUAACACCACUUCAGAAAAGCAGCUAAUUAUCUCAAAUGGCCACCUUACACUGACUAGGCAGAACAACAUGGUGGCCUUUUGUUAGUAGAAAUGGUGUUAACACCAGGACAUGGCACCAAGUGCAUUCAAAGUUUACUAAGUUAUGUAUUAUUUAUACCCGAAGAUAUUUAUUAUUUAUUAUUUCUCACUUAACCGAUUCAUUCACUGUAGCUGUGAAUUGACCAAACUGCCCCUGCAUGUAGAAAUUAUGACAGAAGGAGAAAAAAGGGUUUGCUGUGGUUUAAUGCAAGUGGACAUCUCACAAGAAUAGCACAUAUUUACAGAUCAUUUAACCCUCAUUUAAUAUCACAUUGCAGCUGCAGGCAUCGACAUAUAAAAUAAGGCUUGACUGAGAUGUACUUUUUAUGGACAUGUUGAAUAAACAUUGCAUUUAAAAUA